AUGAGGUCCAUCUCCGUCCUUCUCGCCCUUGCGGCUUCUCUGACCUCAGUGUCUGCAUCUACUUUCAACAAUGACUUCAUCCCCGCUGGUGCCUCCGUCCAGGUUGCUCGGUCCGACUCACUUCUGCCCAGAAAGCCUAGAGAGAAGGACAACUGGGGCAACGCUGUCGCACACGACCGCAAGAAGAUCACCAUUCGGGCGUCGAAGAACGACACAGACGACAUUAGUGAUGAAUUCCUCUGGGCGCUCAAGAAGGCUAAUAAUGGCGGCCUUGUGCAUCUGAAGAAGAACCACAAGUAUGUCAUCGGAAAGAAGCUUGACCUUAGCUUCCUCAAGGAUGUCUAUGUCAACAUUGAUGGAGAGUUGAAGUACACCAAUGACAUCAAGUACUGGCAGGCCAACAACUUCUACUACCCAUUCCAGAAGAGUAUCACGUUCACAGUCUGGGGCGGCAAGGACGUCAAGAUAUACUCUGACUCUGGCACUGGAGUGAUCAACGGUAACGGUCAGGCCUGGUGGGACGGCUUCUCAGGCGCCGAAAUCCUCGACCCCAACAAUGUAUUCUACCGCCCGAUUCUCUUUCUCACCGACAACGCAACCAACAUCGAGAUCUCAGGCCUGCACCUCAAAGACUCUCCAUGUUGGACCACCUUCCUUGUACGCACCAAGAACGUCAUCUUCGACAACAUCUACAUUGACGCCGUCUCCACCAACGCCUCCUCCCUGCCCAAGAAUACCGACGGCUUUGACUCCCUUAACGUCGACGGCCUGACCGUCACCAACACACGCGUCAACGUGGGCGACGACUGCUUCUCCCCCAAGCCCAACACCACCAACAUCUUCGUCAAGAACCUGUGGUGCAACGGCACGCACGGCGUAUCAAUGGGCAGCAUUGGCCAGUACCCCGGUGUCAAGGAUUACAUCAGCAACGCGUGGAUCGAGAACGUUACCCUUUUGAACGGCCAGAACGGUGCGCGCCUCAAGGCGUGGGCGGGCCCGGACGUUGGGUACGGAUACAUCGACAACGUGACGUACAAAGACAUCAUCAUCGAGAACACCGAUGCGCCUGUGGUGUUGGAUCAGUGCUACUUCAAUAUCAAUGAGACCACGUGUGCGAAGUACCCGAGCAAGGUUAAUAUCACGAAUGUAAACUUCAUUAACAUCUCCGGCAGUAGUAGUGGCAAAAAUGGGAGGGUUGUGGCGGAUUUGACAUGCAGCCCGGGCGCGACGUGCGAUGGCAUUCAUCUGGAGAACAUUAAUAUCACGAGUCCUGCGGGUUCCCCGCCGCAGAUCGUGUGCGAGAAUAUCACGGGCGAUAUUGGCGUGGAUUGUAUUCCUGCGAGCGAGGCGGAUGAUUAG